GUGAACGGCAUAAACGUGGAGGGCCUGCGGCACUCGGAGGUGGUGUCCCACAUUAAGUCCAGGGAGAAUGAAGCCAGGCUCCUGGUGGUGGACCCCGAAACAGAUGAUUACUUCAAGAAGCUGGGGGUGACCCCCACGGAGGAGCACACCAAAGGUGUGGUACCUCAGCCCAUGACAAACGGAUCCGCACAGACUCAGCUGAAUGGAGGAUCCACAUCUUCGUCUCACAGUGACCUUCAAAGUCCUGGGAAGGAAUCAGAGGAUGGAGACGCGGAGAAGAAAGACCCGUUUGAGGAGAGCGGGCUGACCCUGAGCCCAACGGCUGCCGAGGCCAAGGAGAAGGUGCGGGCCAAGCGGGUGAAGAAGAGAGCUCCGCAGAUGGACUGGAACAAGAAGCGA